AUGCAUCUAUUCCUCCUAAGCCGUGUUUUUUUCCUUACGGGAAAUUCAUUAUCCUCCUCCUACUCCCUGAUAUUUUCUGUUUCUUCUCCUCCUCCUCCUCCUCCUCCUCCUCCAUCUCUUUUAUUCUAUUUAUUUUUCUCCUCCUCAUCCUCCUCCUCUUCCAUCUUCUUCCUUUAUCUCUCAUCCUCCUCUCCUAUCUUUAUUUGUUUUCUCUCUUCUUCAUGUUCCAUUAUCUAUUUUGGCCUCCUCCUUUUUUAUCUUCUUUUUGUUCUCCUCUUCAUUCUACGUUUCGUUUCCUUCUCCGACUCCUCCUACCGUCUGUACUGCUUUGUCUCCUACUCUUCAUCACCUUUGUUUUCUCUCUUCCUCGUCCACUUUCAUCUUCUUUGCUUGAUUUUCCUUUGCAUUUUGUGUUUCCUUUCUUUCUGCUUACCAUCCUUCCGUCUAGUUUAA